GAGAGCGAGCACACCCGUCGCUCUCCCGCUCGGCACUGUCGUCCCCCGCACAGCGACGAUGGCCGUCCUGCUACGGAGCGCGCCGGCGGUGCUGCUGAGUCUGACGCUGCUGCUGACCGCAGCGGCCGGCUACCCCGACGUGCAGUCCCGCCCGCUGGUCGCCACGCGAGAGGGCAUCGUCAGGGGCGUGGCGCGGCGCAGCGCCGCCGGCGGCCUCUUCUUCGGCUUCAAGGGCAUCCCGUACGCGCGCGCGCCGCUCGGGCCACUCCGCUUUCAACCGCCGCAACGCCACCCGGGCUGGGCGGACGUGCUGGACGGCCUCAAGCACGGCCGCACGUGUCUGCAGUACAACGCCUUUAAGAACAACAGUCUGGAGGGCGACGAGGACUGCUUGUUCGCCAACGUCAACGCAAAGCAGGCAGCGUACCCGGCCGACUCGCCGACCUACACCAUGAUCCGCUUCAUGAGCCAGCGCCACAUGCGGCUCAAUGCGGAACCCUCAGUCGGGGAGCGGCUGUUCGAGGAGCGCGUGCGCAUCUGGCAGAGCGUCCGUAUGAACGAGGCCUGGCGGCACGAGCGGCCGGCUACCCCGACGUGCAGUCCCGCCCGCUCGUCGCCACGCGAGAGGGCAUCGUCAGGGGCGUGGCGCGGCGCAAGCGCCGCCGGCGGCCUCUUCUUCGGCUUCAAGGGGAUCCCGUACGCGCGCGCGCCGCUCGGGCCACUCCGCUUUCAACCACCGCAACGCCACCCGGGCUGGGCGGACGUGCUGGACGGCCUCAAGCACGGUCGCACGUGUCUGCAGUACAACGCCUUUAAGAACAACAGUCUGGAGGGCGACGAGGACUGCUUGUUCGCCAACGUGUACACGCCGCAGCUACCGGCGCUGGAGAGAGCCGUUGGAGGUUUGCCAGUCAUGGUCUUCAUCCACGGCGGUGGCUUCACGAUGGGCAGUGGAGACGAGGAGGUAUACGGACCGAACUACUUCAUGGACGAGGCUGUGGUGCUGGUGACCUUCAACUACCGACUGGGACCGUUCGGAUUCUUCACGGCACACGAUAAGAACGCUCCCGGCAACUACGGUCUGCUGGACCAGGUGAUGCUGCUGCAGUGGGUCCGGGAUAAUAUCGCCAGAUUCGGCGGAGACCCCGCUACGGUGACCGUUUUCGGCGAGUCAGCGGGAGGGGCCAGUGUCUCGCUUUUGGUGCUGAGCCCCCUGGCGAAAGGCCUGUUCCACCACGCCAUCAGCCAGUCAGGUACGGCAUUCGCAAACUUUGCGGCAGGUGGAAAGGCGAAGGAUUUCACCCAGAAGUUUGCAGAGCAGCUCAGUUGCUCUGUCGACGAUGUUUCCAUAAUGGUGGAGUGCAUAAGGAAUGCCCCCUCCGAGCAUCUCAUGGAGGCUAAAAAGAAUUAG